AAGGGGUCACUGCUACAUGAGUCCCCGGGAAGGGGUGGCCCUGCUCCUUCUCGGCUGUUGCCCUGACAGUCACUACUGACUGAGCAGCCGGAGGCAGCACCCGCUGCUGCUCCAGGCAUGCGAGUGCAGGCGGCCCAGUCCCCGUGGGACCGAGACAGUGGGCGAAUAUGCUGAGGGACCCAGGGUGUGAUACUGUGAUUCCAGACCCUUGGGCUUCCCAAGGGACAAGCGCAGCAGGAGAGUUCUCGCAUUAGAACAUUGUCAUCAAUUCCUGAAAUUGCUCCCGAGCCAUCCAGGGAGAGCUGGUGUCUUAUGGUAGCGAGGUGAUGUUUGGGAAGGCCCUAAGGUUGGGGACUAGUGGCCAGGGGGCCCAGCCACAUGAUUAGAGGAUUGGAACUUGGACCCACUGCUAGAGCUUCAGGGAUGGAAGAGGGGCGGGAUGUGGAAUCAGUCACCAGUGGUCAGUGAUUGAAUUAGUCAUGCCUGUGGAGUGACACUUCCAUAACACCAGAAGGACGGGGUUUGGAGGGCUUCCAGGUUACUGAAUGAGGAUGCGUCUGUGCUGGGAGGAGGGCACAUCCCAGCUCCAUGGGGAUGAGCUCCUGUGCUUGGCACUCUUAGAGCUCACCCUGUGGAUCUCUACAUCUGGCUGUGGAUUCGUGUCCUUUAAUAUCCUCUGCAGUAAGCUGGUAAUCUAGUGAGUGGACUGGUUUCCUAAGUUUUGUGAGCUGCUCUAGCAAAUUAACAGAACCAAGGAAGAUGUGUUGGCAACCUCCGACUUACAGCCAGUGGUUAGAAGCACAGGUGCCCACCUGGACUUGCAGUGGCGUCCGACAUGGGGCGGAACACGGGUUCCUGGGUUCACCUCCUAAAUAGAUCCUGGGAUCUGCUUUCGAAGGAAGUGCAGACAGGCAGCGAUGCACUGAUGGGGUGGAGUGGGUGUCCCUGCCGCCAGCACUGCACCAGUGCUGGGCGAGUGGGCACGUGGCCGCCGCAUGGCGUUUCCUCCUGGACCGUGCCUGUGAUGUGGUCGUUGGUCAUGAGGUAUGGAGUCCAGGUGGCUCACGUUACUUCCCUAAGCUCCUCGUCGCCCACAUCCCUGCUCAUGGUUGUCUUGUUGUCGCAGACGGAUCAUAGCUGCCACGUGUAAGGCACCUCCAGGAAGAGCUGCUCAGUCGUUGUUUUCCCUUCACUUAGCAGUUCCCUCCCACCUCCUGUUUCUGCUGCUUGAGGGCCAGGGACCAGUGCUCAGCCCUUAGGGGCCUGAGAGCUGGAACCCACACGCCUUUCCACCUGUGGUCCUGUGACUGGGAUGAGGCCCUUCAGAUACCACCUCCCUCUCUUCCAUGUGAGAGCUGGCUCUGAAGGAGACCCUGGAGAUACUUGACCCCCACCUGUAGGUCAGCAAGGCCUGUACACUCGGGGGGGCUGGCAUCAGCUGGUGAGGAGGGGCGUCUCCAAAAGCCAUGUGUCUGUCCAACUUUUAAAAUUAGAUAAUAGCGUAUUUAGAAGUUGUGAUUUGGAUUUUUGUGCUUCAUAGAAUGUUUUACUAUUGCAAGAAAAAAAUAGAAUAAUGCCAGAAGGGAUGAAUGAGAUCUCACACCGUUUUUUCCUCCCCGUUUUUCCCUCCACACCAGAGCCUGGUGAAGGAAGACAGCACAGAACAUUAGGAGGUGCUGAAAUUGACAACACUGAAAUGGAAAGUUUGGCUAAAUUUUUACUAAUAUUUUGUGGGAUGUUUAUCUGCCCCUAAAAACAGGUAUUCAUCAGGAAAGCAGUUCUUUCCUGCAGUACUUCACCAUUUGUUGUUGUUGCUAUAUCUGUACAGAAAUGUUGCUUUGUAGGUUUACUGUGAAAACUGUACUCUUUCUUUUGCCCUCCGUGUGAAACUGAGUGGGUCACAGGCAGAAAAACAAGCAGGCGGUGGCUUGUUUGAACCUGUCUGAGUUUAGCAAGUCCUUGGCAUCAGGGAGCCUCUCAGAGGCCAUCCAAACCUUGAUCUGCCUUUUGGCAGAAAUGAUUUUCAACAUUUUCCCAUUACACUUGUAGUAUUUUCUAUAAAGAGCAAGUGUGCACGUAUUUCUCACUUAACAUCAGUAACCCAUCCUGAAAAUCAGACAUUCUGCAUGAAAACACUAAGUCUAUUUCUCAUCAUAUUAAGUCGGGGAAAUUAUUAACACAGUCAGUCUCCUAAAACACAACUGAGACACUGGUGAAAGACCUUUAUGUGAGAAAUAGGCCAUCCUGUUAGGAUGUAAAACGUGGUUCCCUGAUUUCUAGAGAACUGUUGUGGGGUAUUCGCUGUUGCUGUUCCUGGGGUCACGCCCAGGAACGUCACGGCAGCACGUCAGCAGCCCAGCUGACACUUUUCAGACGCGUGUGCAGCGCGCUUCUCCUGAUUGAACUGGGAAUCCAGCUUGAGGGUUUGUUUUUCCCUGCAUGUUGUUUUGAGGAAAUUGUUGAUUUACUUUUUUGACAUAAAUACAAAAUUUACCCCUUUAACAACCAUUGACUGAAAUACAUAUUAGAAGAAUUACAUGUCUUAUGAACUUUUAAGCUAUCAGAAACCAAAAGGCCUUCUACCAAAAGCAUUGACCAGGAUGACUUCCAGAGGUGUGCCCGUGUUUGUGGUAUGACUGAUGUUAAUAGAUGACGAAGUUAAGGAGGUGUUUUUUCUGCAUUUUGAAAUAAUUUGUGUGGUGGAAAUGAAAUUUAAAUUAAUUCAAAAAUAUUUCUGGACUCUAUCUCCAAUUUUUCCCACUGAAGAUAAUUUUUAAGGAAGGCAUAUUGGUUUUCAGGGAAGGACGGCAGAUUGAACACGUGCACACAGUGUCACUGCCUCCCACCCAUCCCUAAACAAGCAGUAGAGUGAUGUUUGAAAAAGUCAUACUCACAUGACUGGGUGAAGUGAGAGGAGAUGAACACAGUCUCGAGAGCUGGGAAGCUGACGGGUGAGUCAGGACUGACUUAGCGAUCUGAGAAAGCCAGGUUCUGUGUUGGCAGAGGGAACAGCUGAGCACUGGUCCUGUCUGCAUCACAGAAUCCUCAAAAGACUCAAAAUUUAGAGGCACCGGGGACUUUAAAAAAAUGGGAGAGAGAAUCACAGUGAGGAGCAGAAAACAAGAGGCUAACAAGAAGGAUUAGGAAGACUUGUAAGGGACCAAAUAGAAUCUCUAGAAGCAAAUAAUAGUUGACAUUUAAAAACUGACCAACAGGCUAAAUAUCAGAGUAUGCAUAGUUAAGAGAGACUUUGUAGACAAGCUGAAAGGAGUUUAUUAAGAACAGCGAAGAGUUAACAGAAUGGAAAAUAUGGCAGAAAUUGGUUGGGAUGUGGAGGACAGAAUGCAGAAGUUUAAGAUGCAUUUGAUUUCAGCCCCAAAAGGGAAGAUAGAACAGAGAAGAGGCGAUAUGUGAAGAGCCAUUGGCUGAAAAAUAAUCUGGAACUAAUGAAAGAUAUGAUGGAAAUAGUUUAUUUCAAACAGGAUGAAUAGCAUCCACAUUGAGAAACGUCACAACAGAGUUCCAGGCACCAGAGACCAAGACAGGAUUUAAAGCAACCAGAAAUGAGUUGCAGGUCCUGACGUGGCUCCGGCCAGACGGCAGAUCCUGACGUGGCUCCUCUGCAGUCUCAGCACCCGCGGACCGCAGUGGGCGCGAUCUGAGACGCCGGCCUCCCGCAAGGUUACCUUUUCAAAGCUAGGUAGAAAUAUUAUUUUCAGAUAAACAAAGAAAGCGUGUUUACUACCGACAGUCUUCAUCAGAGACAGAAUGUGAUGCAGAAUGGAAUGGUUAACAAGUGAUGAACAUGUUUGCAUGAGAUAAUUAUACAUCAUAGGUUCGAAAGAGAGACCGCACGGCAGCAGCGUGGGUGAGGAUGAAGUUGAGAAUCUCCGAGAGAGAGCCGGCUUGGAAACCAGAGAAGAAUAUUAAAGCCUGGGAAGCCCGUUACCUGGAAAAUAACAGUUUCAGAGUUGGGACAGGGAGGAUAGUGACAGCAAGUCACCAGCAGGGUCACAGGGAGAACGCCAAGGCCAACUGUGCGGACGGGCAGAAGACUGCAGGGCGCUCAGAGAUGCGGGCCAACUCGAGGUCGGGAAGCUUUGGGCUUCUUAGUGGCAAUUCUGGAAUUUAGAUGUCCGUGAGGCAGUAAGUUCAAAAUUCUGAUGGAAAGUGACUUCCCAUACAAUCCUGUUUACCCGUGGAAACUGCUGGAGGCCUGGGGGUUUGCCCCACCCUCCCUGUCCUGGAAGUGACUGAGCCAGUCUUUCCCAGACAGGGUAGUGACGGGGAGCUGAUCCUUGGAGCUCAGGGUGUGCUGUGAAGGGAGGCCCCGGAAAGGGUGGUGCCCCUGUGGAUAGAGCCAUCUCAGUCCUUGAAACCAGGCGUGUGGACUGCUGACCAUGGCAGAGCCAUCGGUACCGUGCUUGUUCACACACUGGAAGCAGAGCAGACCUGGGCAUCACGCAUGUCUACCUCGCAGUGUGUCCGCAGGUUCUCCGAUGCAGCUGCCACCCCGUGUCCAGGAGCCUCAUGUUCUUCAGCUCUCAGGUUUGCAUGUGAGCCCUUUUGAUGGAUUCCAGUUCUUUGGUGAAAUUCUUCAUCCAUCAUCUGUUUUCAUGAAUCCAUUAGUUGGGGGUAUUUUAAAGUCCCUGCGUUGCUGCAGGGUCCCCGUGACACUGGCGGCCAAGCCAGACUCGCUCCCGGGGUUCUGCCGGCCACACUGCCACUCGGUGCCUGCCUGCCUGCCCCCCAGGGGAUGCCCGGGCUCAGCUGCAGAGCAAUGCCCACCCCUCCAGGGGCUCCAGGGUCCUGGCUGUUGGGUAGCAUUUCCUUGCCUUCAAAGAGAUUUCUUUAAAACUUCUUUAAAAUCUGGUUUUCUACUUGUCCUCAGCAAGAGUUUUGGCUGCUGAUGGCUCUUCUGCCCUUGGGUGGAAUGUAUCAGCUGGGCGCCUUAAGAUCGGGUACACGUGGCUGCUGAGGUCUUCCGCCCUCGUGGUGCCCCUGGAGUCCCGCCAGCUGAGGCAGAGAAAACCAGGUGAUGUGGAGGACUAGGUCAGUGGCCAUGAGGGGCCCCAGGAUGGAUCGAAGCUCUGCAGCCCCUGUAGCUGCUUGCUAGCUGCUUGCUCUUCAUGGCCUUUGCUGUGGGAACUUUAGCCCCGUCCUGAAGCCUCUCUGCCUGUCGGCUGGGGCUUGGCCAUGUGAUUCUUGCUGGCACAGUGCCAUGCUGGUGCAGGAGCCCAUGCCCAUGUCUGCUCUGGCUGCAUCCCAACAAUUCCUGCCCAAGAGGCUCCGCUCUAGGCCAGGUGCCUGGGAGACCGAGGCAGAGCCAUGCUGUGCGUGGCUGUCAUGUGGAAUGAGCAGAGGAAGCACUGCUUAGGGUCUGGGUGGUUGGUGCCUGCACGGGACGUGCCCACUGAGCAUCCUCAUGCCUGGAGUGGCUGCCCUGUGUAUCACAAGGGAGGGAGCUGGCGCCUCGGUGCUCAGUGCUGCAGGGCGGGGUCUGUCCAGAGGCAUCACAGUUGUGACUUUUACAAAAUGCAAUUUAAAUGCUUCAAAUUUUGAAUUACUCUACUAGCAAACACUCUUGACUGUUGGACCCUGGCAGGUAUCACAUCAUCCAAAAUAAACCCUUCCUUUAUAGCCAGCCAGACCUGCGUGCCUCAUGUCUGUGUGACCUGGACCAUCUCACCUUGGUCAUGAGUCUCCCCUUGGCUGGGGGGCCUUGCAGAGCUUCUGAGCUCACAGCCUGGCGAGGGCUCUGUGCUACCCACAUGGUGCUGUCGUCCCGGUCACUGCAGGUCAGGAUUCCUGCAUCCUGGGGAGGCUUGUGCAGGAGGUGAUGCUCAAGUCAGUGCCACGGGACAGACCGGCUUCCUGGGCGCCCUGCCUUCCUCGAGUUUGGGGCCUACACUGGGAUGGUAAAGGGUGUGGUGCAAGUUGCUGACCUUCACAAGACAGUAGGGCUUCACUCAGGCGGUGCCCCUCCAUCUCACAGAGGGACAUAUUGAGGCUGAUGUGCACAGGGCUGUGCUGAGUGCUGGGGAAGACGGACGUGGACAGGACUCGGACCAACCAGGCCGUGAAGGGCUGUGCGGCCCUGGGGGUCCCCAGGGUAAGCGCUUGUGGAGAAGUGAGGUAGGCAGAGAGACUGGUUCCAGAGGCGGCUGAAAGUUGUGCUGACAACAUCAUACCUGCCUUUGAAGGUUAAAAAAAAAGGACCCUAAGACUUCAGGGUCUGCUGGUAGCAUUUAGGACAGACUUGGAAGGGAGCACGUAGGGCACCGUGGACGUCCUCCCAGGGCUGUUUGAGAAGGAGAUGGAUGCCUCGGUCCUCUCCCUCGCUCCCCGGAGUUGACAACUGCCUCCUUGUUCCAGGGAGAGGGACGGGUCCUGGGAGUGGGGGCUCUACCACCCGUGAGGAUGAGGUUGAGAUGGCCAGGCCUUUCCCUCUGCACCAGCUGUUUUGUUUUUUUUGGUGGUAGUGGUAGGGGGAGGAUCCAGUCAGCCAAGAAGAGCCAGAGAGGCUUACACCAGACCCUGUCCAGUGGCCCAGCACAUCCACCCACCCAAGAUCCAGAGCCAAGCUUUUCACAGGAAGUGGAGAAGCAUCGUCAGUGUCUCAGAGGAAAAAGAAGAGAUGGAGCCAGGAAAACACUCUCAUAGAAGGGAGAGACAGUCCCAGGGCCUGGCCACCCUGCCUGCCGGGCCUCCAGGCUCGCUUGUCAGCGGCUUAUGUGACUCUAGUGUCCCCUCCGCUUCCAUGCUGGUGGACUCUGCCUGUGCCUUUCUGGGGCUCGCCUCGCUGCUACUGUGCUCAGCCCUCUGUGGUCCUGGCCUGUGUCCUGGCGGCUGAGGGCUGGGUGAGGAUGGAUGCUGGGGGAGAUGAUUCUUGCUUUCUGGACCACAUUCUAGGUCGACAGGCUGCUGACGUGAGAACUUGCAGAGCCUUGGUGGGAAGAGAGGCCACUGAAAAGGUGGUGAAGGUCCUUGGGGCAUGCCGUCUGUGAUGGCCAGCAGGAGCCUGCCUGCCGGAGCGCUGGCUCACACCUCUCAGGGAGAAGUGCUCUGGAGAUUCCCAGCUCAAAUGAGGCCCCUGUACCCCACCCAUGGAGCCCUCUGCCCCGCUUUGUCGUCUUGCUUUCCUGCACAAGCUUUGCCUUCGGUGCACUUGCUGUUCGUUUAAAAACAAGCAAAACAGCUUUGACCUCUACCCCUAGGCUGCAUCCCUGAACCUUCCAUCCUUCCUCCUUGGUCAUGAGCCCAUCCCCCACUGCCUGUCUCCAGGGGCCGCCAGCACCCUCUCCCACACCCCUGCCUCCUCCAGCCCUCACCUCAUUCAUCAUGCCUGUAGACACACUGGUCAGGAAAAGUGGGAUUACUGCUGUGUGCUGAUUUCUCCUAAACUUGCAUCCAAAACUCAGAUCUCUUCCCGAACCACAGGUGCCUGUGGCUGAGCAGCUGCUCGAUGCACAGAGUAAGUGCCUCGCCUGCCUGCUGGAGAGCAUCGUCCAGCACCGUCCAGCACCGUCCAGCCCUGUCCAGCUCCAUCCAGGGCGGCACCUUCCUGACUGAUGCUGGAGGGGCGUCCUGCCCAAUGACCUGCUGAUGUCCGUCCACCUGGGUCCUCGGGAGAAGGCUGCCAUGUCCCAGACACAGGACUACGAAUGCGAGAGCCAUCAUGCUGGCGGGCCGGAGUCUCGGAUUCCAGGAUCGAGCACCAGGCUGGAGUGGGUGGAGAUCAUCGAGCCGCGCACACGAGAGCGCAUGUACGCCAACCUUGUCACCGGCGAGUGUGUAUGGGACCCCCCGGCCGGCGUGCGCAUCAAGCGCACCAGCGAGAAUCAGUGGUGGGAGCUCUUCGACCCCAACACAUCUCGCUUCUACUACUACAACGCCACCACGCAGCGCACAGUGUGGCACCGGCCGCAGGACUGCGACAUCAUCCCCCUGGCCAAGCUGCAGACCCUGAAGCAGAACACCGAGUCCCCUCGAGCCUCGGCAGAGAGCAGCCCCGGGCGGGCCAGCAGCGUCAGCCGGGACGGCAGCACCAGCUCAUCUCUGGAGCCCGAGCUGGACACAGGCGACAAAACGCAGGAGCCCCUGGGGAGGGCCGGCCGGCCGGCCACUCUUGGGGCUGUGAAGGAGGAGAGCGGCAGCUCCUCGCCCUCGGGAGCACUCCUGGAGAAGGACUGUGAGGUUUACCGGGACUACGGCGCAGAUGGCCACCUUCCUCACUGCAGGACCUCCUCACUGCGCUGGAACUCGGGCACCAAGGAGCGCAUGCUCAUCAAAGUUGCCGACAGGGAGCCCAGCUUCCUCUCCCCGCAGGGCAAUGGCUACCCGCUGGACAGCCAGCCUGGUGGGCGCUCCCGCAGACCCUCUGGGGGCCAGCACUCACCCAGCCUGCAGGCACUCACCCCUGAUGCGGACAGCCCUGUCUUCUUCUCUGAGCGGAGGCCCUCGCCCUUCCUGAAGAGGGCAGAGCUGGGGAGCUGCUCCCCUCUGCUGGCCCAGCCCCGCAAGCCCGCUGGUGACUCGCAGCCCUCCUCCCCGCGCUAUGCCUAUGAGCCCCCCCUCUACGAGGAGCCCCCUGUGGAGUACCAGGCCCCCCUCUACGACGAGCCACCGAUGGACGUGCAGUACGAGGCCGGUGGGGGCUACCAGGCCAACUCUCCCCAGCGGUCUCCUGGCCGCAAGCCCCCCAAGCAGGCCUCCGCCUCGCCCUACCAGCAGCUGGUGCUCACCAGGCAGAAGUGCCCUGAGCGCUACCUGAGCCUGGAGUACAGCCCAGCGGGCAAGGAGUACGUGCGGCAGCUGGUGUACGUGGAGCAGGCUGGCUCCAGCCCUAAGCUGCGCAUGGGCCCACGGCACAAGUACGCACCCAACCCUGGCAGCGGCUCACUCUCCCUGCAACCUAGCCCUUGCCUGUUGCGGGACCAGCGCCUGGGGGUCACGUCCGGGGACUACAGCAGCAUGGAGGGGCCCGAGCUGCGGCACGCCCAAUCGCCCUUGCCUCUGCCCCAGCCCCAGGAUGAUGCCAUGUCCUGGUCCAGCCAGCAGGACACCAUGUCCUCGACAGGCUACUCCCCUACCACACGCAAGAGAAAGAGCAGGAACCCCUCCCUGUGCCAUGCCCCCAGCGCUUCAUCCACCGAAGGCCCUGGGGACCGCGACCUGCUCGGCGAGCAGCCCCUGACAGAGGAGCGGCCCCUGUGCGGGCCCAGCCUGGCCCCCACAAAGCGCACAGACGGCAAGGCGGGUGAGGCAGACGGGCCCCGGGGCAUGACUGAGCCCUUCCUGGCGCAGGCCCGGCUGGCCUGGGAGGCACAGCAGGCCCACUUGCACAUGAAGCAGAGGGGCAGCUGGGACUCCCAACAGGAUGGCUCGGGUUAUGAGAGCGACGGGGCCGUGCCGCUGCCCAUGCCUGGGCCCGUGGUGCGCGCCUUCAGCGAGGACGAGGCGCUAGCCCAGCAGGACAGCAAGCACUGGCAGAGGGGCGCCUUGGACAGGCUUGCCUUCCCCCAGGUCCUGCUGGAGAAGAGCGUCUCUGUGCAGACCAGCCUGGCCUCCCCAGAGCCCUACCUCCACCCUUCACAGUCUGAGGACCUUGGCACCUGUGCCCAGUUCGAGAGCAGCCGGCCGGCCCGCAGCAUGAUGCCCAGCGCCAGCUGCGUGUUCCCCACCUUCACACUGCGCAAGCCAUCCUCGGAGACUGACAUCGAGAAUUGGGCCUCCAAGCACUUCAACAAGCACACGCAGGGCCUCUUCCGUCGAAAGGUGUCCAUCGCCAACAUGCUGGCCUGGAGCAGUGAGUCCAUCAAGAAGCCCAUGAUCGUGACCAAUGACCGCCACGUGAAGAAGGAGGCCUGUGAGGUCUUCAAGCUCAUCCAGAUGUAUAUGGGUGACCGGCGUGCCAAGGCAGACCCACUGCACGUGGCCCUGGAGGUCGCCACCAAGGGCUGGAGUGUGCAGGGCCUGCGGGACGAGCUGUACAUCCAGCUGUGCCGGCAGACCACCGAGAACUUCCGCCUGGAGAGCCUGGCCCGCGGCUGGGAGCUCAUGGCCAUCUGCCUGGCCUUCUUCCCACCCACACCCAAGUUCCACUCCUACCUGGAGGGCUACAUCUAUCGGCACAUGGACCCCGUCAACGACACCAGAGGGGUGGCUAUAAGCACAUACGCCAAGUACUGUUACCACAAGCUGCAGAAGGCAGCCCUAACCGGGGCCAAGAAGGGGCUGAAGAAGCCCAACGUGGAGGAGAUUCGGCAUGCCAAGAACGCCGUGUUCAGCCCCUCCAUGUUUGGCAGCGCGCUGCAAGAGGUCAUGAGUCUGCAGAAAGAGCGCUACCCUGACCGGCAGCUGCCCUGGGUACAGACUCGGUUGUCUGAGGAGGUGCUCGCACUCAACGGUGACCAGACGGAAGGCAUCUUCAGAGUCCCUGGGGACAUUGAUGAGGUGAACGCCCUGAAGCUACAGGUGGAUCAGUGGAAGGUGCCAACAGGCCUGGAGGACCCUCAUGUCCCAGCCCAGCAGGUGCCCCACGCCCUGCCCAGAGGUGCCUGCCCAGCAAGCCAGCUGAGCGUCCACGCUGUGUUCCCAGCAUCACUCCUGAAGCUGUGGUACCGGGAGCUGGAGGAACCCCUGAUCCCGCACGAGUUCUAUGAGCAGUGCAUUUCUCACUACGAGAGCCCCGAGGCCGCCGUGGCCGUGGUGCACGCGUUGCCCCGAAUCAACCGCCUGGUGCUGUGCUACCUCAUCCGCUUCCUCCAGGUGUUCGUGCAGCCGGCCAACGUGGCCAUCACCAAGAUGGACGUCAGCAACCUGGCCAUGGUGAUGGCGCCCAACUGCCUGCGCUGCCGCUCGGACGACCCGCGCGUCAUCUUCGAGAACACUCGCAAGGAGAUGUCCUUCCUGCGGGUGCUCAUCCAGCACCUGGACACCAGCUUCAUGGAGGGCGUGCUAUAGCACCUGGGCACCAAAGGACCAAGGGUGGGGACAGAGCCUGCCCAGGUGCGCGGGGUCAGGGGAGCACGCAGGGGGUGGGGGGGAGGGAACGCCCCAGCCGCGGAGGUAGCAUGCCAGGCUCCGCCCAUGCCCGCCCCAGCCCUGGAACCCCCAUUUCCCCCACCCAGGCCCUCGGCCUGAGGGCGCAGCCAGGGCAGAGGGGCUGCAGGAAGGGCGCCUCUAGCCACCCCCCUCCCCCGCCUCGUGGCCAGUUCGGUGGGCACUGCGCCACCCACCACCAGCCGCGGAUCAGCCCCAAGAAAGUGCCUUCUGUUUCCUGGAGCCAAGUGACACUGCCCCUCCCGGCCGGCCCGAGAGCACAAGCCGCCCUCCCCGGGUGAGCUGCCUUGCUGGGGCUCCUGCGCUCAGCCUAGCCCUGGUCUGGGCCCAGCGCGGCUGCCCCUUUCUCCUUACCCUGCUCUCUCUUACCCUCGGUCUCCUGGCCUACAACUUCCGCCCUCCUGGUCCCUUCCCGCCCCCUUCCCCGCCACCUGUGGCUUCCAUGGUGGUGACUGCACAGGAAUUUGGGGGCUUAAGGACACUGGGCUGUCCACCACCAGAGCCGAGCCAGGCUGGCCCAGGGUCCGGUAGGUGCUCUCUAGGUGGGGAGUGGGCCCCCAAACCAAAGUCCUCUGGGUUGGGGGCAGGGUUGGGCAGGCAUUCUUGGGGCAGGGUGGGGGAGGGGCGAGAAUAUUUUUUUUCUUCGUGUAACUAUAAAUUCAGAAUCUAUCCUGCACCCCAGCCCGCCUGUGUAUAGAGAUAUAAAUAGAGCAAAACAUAUAAGAACUAAAUUUGCUAAUGACAUAGUCUUAACCCAGAUGUUAUUUAUUUGAGUUGUUCUCGUCUGUCCUCUUCAGACAAGUUGGUAUCAUUCCUUCAUUUUUCUCUCCACCCUCCUGGCUUCUGACCAAAAACCAAACCCUGCCCUAUCCCUAUUCAGGACCUGCAGCAGAUGAGAGGGAAGGAACCCCGAGCUCGGGGACUAGGGUGGCGCUGGGGACUCCCCUUCCUCGAGGCCAGAGCUGGGGGGGUGGGUAGGUACCUAGAUUUUCAGUUUGUGUAUUUUCCAUUUUGGAAUUUUGAGUUCCAACUGUCGUAGAACUUAAUUUCUCCCCAGUUUUUAUAUAUAUAUAUAUAUUUUUUAGAGUUGAGUUUUUAUUUAUUAUUAAAAACAAAAAAGCCCAGCCCUGCCGAGACCCGGGUGUCCCCUGGGGGAGCGUCCUCAGUCGGGUGGUCUUGGGCCCUAAGGAGGGGCAGUGGGGCCACAGACUCGCUCUGACGCAUGGUCUCGAGAGGUGACAACACUCUGUGUGAAUAAAGUACAUAUAGACACUUGCAA